CUCAGCUCGCCGAACUCGCCUCUUCCCAGCAUUACGGCCUGAAUAACCACAUGAAUCGCACAAUGGUCUACUUCUUUACUUUGAAUUGAAUUUCAUCAUCUUUCUUUCUCUUUCACUUCUAACUGUGGUUCCUUUCCGCCAUACUUGAUGUCCUCGUGCCUCGCUUGAAUAGCAGCUGGUUGAUUGCCUCCCAUGCCGACCCCGAGCGUCACCUCUCCACAUUUAGCCUCGCUCUCCCUGGAUGCGCUCUCUGCGCGAGGAACCUGCCCUCCAGACAUUGUCGAUCGAGCCGACGGCCGGAAUACGCCUACAGAAAUCAACCCGCUCGCGCAUGAUGCAUACGAUGUUCCGGGUCUAAUUGCGACGUCAGAGUUGCGGCCAGAGCUGGACACGCCUAUUACUCUACAAGACUCCUCUUCCACUGACAAUAAAGACGCCCGAUCGGACGGUGAACACGAAGCUUCAAGUCCUACAACGUCCGUAUCCACCCAGUCAAUCAAGGAUGAACCACCGCUCUCCCCGGCCGGAUCUUCAACCGUGGCUACACCUUCGUAUAUGACUUCACUCAGUCAUGAUUUUUCCAACGUCAGGUUGCUUCCCGAUCACCCCUGUUCGUACCUUAGAGCAGGUAGCAAGUUCGUUGGGACGCAGCAGUCGGACCGUCAAAAGUACAAUGUGGAUGUAGAAAUCAAAAACGUCAACAUGGAGGAGUCCUUUCUUUGUGGCUAUCUCCGCAUCCAAGGCCUUACCGAAGACCAUCCUACGCUCACGACGUACUUUGAAGGCGAACUAAUAGGCACAAAGCAUAAGUUCCAAACGCGGAACCCAUCAUGGGGUGCGACGGAUAAAACUGACCUGCAGCAUUGGGAUCGUUUCCCUGCAUGGCGCUCUGUCUCUAAAAUGGCUAGGAAGCCCGAUUUUACAGAUAUGAACUUUGCGCAGAGAGAGCAUAUCUUCAUGAGGUGGAAGGAAUACUUCCUGGUCCCCGAUCAUCGUGUCAAAACCAUAAACGGUGCAAGUUUUGAAGGAUUCUAUUAUAUUUGCUUUAAUCAGUCCAAGGGUACCGUUAGCGGUAUCUACUUCCAUGCGAAGAGUGAAAAGUAUCAGCAACUCGAGCUUGAGCAUGUUGAUAAUCGCGGGUGUUUCGGCGCCAUGGAAUUUCGCUGAAGACCUUUAUGCCUGGCGUUCAAAGCGCAAUUGGGUUAAAUAUCGAAGAAUUAUGUGGCAGCGUUUCAUGAUUUAUGCUAGGAAUGUCUUACUUGGAGGGACCAAUUUUAAAAGGGGCGAACAUGGAGUUCUUUCUUUUUUUUUUUUUUUCUUUUCCCCCUCUCUUUUGUUGCUGAAGCAAGUAAGGUGCAGUUUACAUAUCCAGUGGUGCACCAGCUCUACCACAUCUAUGUGCGAGAAGAUCAUUUUCUCUAACACUUUGUUUCCCUUGAUGAUAUCCAUGUCGUUUCUUUUCAGUCAAUCCACUGGCCUCUGGUUUUUUUUUGAUCUGACUUAUUCGUUCCCGGUUGAUGUUCAAUCUCAGUUGAUCAUGCCUUUUUGUUUUACUUGCAGGUAAAUAAUUGCUUGGGGAAUUGGUGUUCCUUCUUUCCUGCAUUGUUG